AUGUCCGUGGAUCAAUUUGAUAGCACUGCUGCCCCCAAGGCAGAUGAGAUUGUUGCAUCUCUCAUCCGCAAUGGCGGCUGCGUCCUCCGCAACUUCAUAUCCGAUGCCACAAUCCUCGAUAUAAUUGAAAGGGACGUCCGCCCGCAUAUCCAGGCAGACAGGCCAUGGGAGGGAGUCGACUUCUUCCCGCCCGAGACCCGGCGAGUUAUGGGCUUGGUCGGCAAGUCGCGCGUCUUUACUGACACUAUCCCCGCCAACCGUCUGUACCGUGACGUAUGCUCGCGACUCCUUUCCUCAACAUGUCGCUCCUGGUACGGCUACCAACUAAACACGACAGUCUCGGAACCCCAGCUGAGCAACACAAUCGUCUUCUCCAUCGGCCCAGGCGCCAAGCGCCAGGAGCUGCACCGCGACGACUCGAUUCAUCAUAACCAUCUGCCCGACCUGCGAAGUCACCAAGACUAUCGCAUCGGGAGGGAUACUAGUGUAGGUCUCUUUGUGGCCGGCAAAAAGACUACGCGUGCAAACGGGGCUACGCGGUUCAUUCCGGGGUCGCAUCUCUGGGGCGAAGAGAGAUGCCCUGAUGAGGAAUUGGCUUUCUACGCUGAGCUGCAGCCAGGCGAUGCGUUUAUUAUGCUUGCUUCUUGCUAUCAUGGAGGAAGUGCAAAUACAACUGCAGAUGAAGAGAGGCUUGUUUACAGCUGUUUUAUGACCAAGGGAUUUCUUCGACAAGAGGAAAACCAGUACCUUGCAAACUCCUCUGAACAAAUCAGACAGUAUCCCCGGGAUGUGCAGAUGCUUAUUGGGUAUUCAGUUAGUAAGCCGUUUUUAGGCUGGGUUAACCUUGACGACCCUCUUAAGGUUUUGUAUGGCGAUGACUUUGAAGGCCAGGGGAUGCGGUGAAGUCUGGUUGCGUUGCCCUGUGCCGCCUUCAGCAAGUUGAAAGCUUAAUGCGAUAAAACGGCAGGUUGUUGCAGAAUAGUAUUAGGCGUCUUGUCGAUC